GGUGUGAUGGUGCACAUGCCCGUUUGAUCGGUGUGAUGGUGCACAUGCCCGUUUGAUCGGUGUGAUGGUGCACAUGCCCGUUUGAUCGGUGUGAUGGUGCACAUGCCCGAAUGCUCUGCUGCAUUUUAUUCUGCUCCACGCGCGCGCACUACGGCAGUGGAGGCGAAUUUGAUCAGAGACUUUGCGCAUCGGCUUUAGUGUAACGGGAUGCAUUCAGGAAGGUGAUGGAGACCCACCGUGUCUUUCUGCAUUAUUUCUACUCCAGCCGUUUAGACCCAUCUGAUGAUCCGAACAUGACCGACAGGAUGGGAAGAUGAUCCACCAAAGCGCGCGCCAAACAAACCCAACAUCCCGGAGCCACAGCGCGUGCGACCCGUGAGUGAUUUAUCGGCUGACAUAAAGCGGGACCUCGGGAUGGUGGAAACGCUGAGCAUCGCCGUGAUCGGAGCUUCCGGCGUGGGCAAAACUUCCAUCAUCCGCCGAUUCGUGUACGACGACUUCUCCGAGACGCACAACCCGACCCGCGCGCGACGCGUCUACAGACCGUCGGUGGUCCUCAACGGCCACAUGUACGAGCUGAAGAUUUUGGAUGUCCCGCCAAUCGCCGCGUUUCCAUCCAGCCCUGCGCAGGAGUGGCUGGAUGCACGUUGCAGAGGUGUGCGUAACGCCAGCGCCUACAUCCUGGUCUAUGACAUCUGCUGUGUUGAGAGCUUUGAAUAUGUCAAGAUGAUACGACAGCAGAUUGUAGAUAACAGAGAGGGCAGCAGCAGCAGUAGUGAUGUUCCCAUCCUGGUGGUAGGCAGUAAGAGAGAUCUGCAGAGGCAGCGUUUUGCUCAGCGCCGCACCGUCUCUGUGCUGGUGAAGAAGACAUGGAAGUGUGGCUAUGUGGAAUGUUCUGCCAAGUUCAACUGGCACGUUCUCCUGCUCUUUAAAGAGCUACUGGGCAUUGCAGUGGCCAGAGGACUCCGCAACAACCACACCUCCAUCCGCCUGCAGGGGGCACUGCACAGGAACCGCUGCUCCAUCAUGUGACCAAUCACGCAGGAUCGUGUGACGCAGAAUUUCCUUCGGUUCUGGAUUUGUUUUAUUUUUCUUCUACACAAAGAGAACGAAAGAGAAAUGAAUCAAUUGCACCGUCAGAUUCCGAUAAGACAUUUCUCAUAUUUAGGAAAUUGUUUAGAGAGAGACAGAGAGAGAGACAUA